CUAUCAACGAUCCUGUCGAAUGUGUAGGAGUGGGGCAAGGGGCGCACAAUCCAAACCGAUAGUGGAACCCACACCGCAGCAGUUCACUUUGCCAGCUGUGUGGUUUAGUGAACGUGUCUUCCCUGUUUUGUACAGUUUCAAAGACCAGCUCAACGAAAAGAAGAAACCAAAAAGAAGAAGAGAAGGAAGAAAUGUCCUGAAAUUGUACCACGUGACCGCGAUGUUCAAACGGAGUGGUUAUUCUUAUCAGUUAAUAAUUAACGGGCAAAUGUUACGGCUUAUCAGUGAGAAUACACGCGGUGUGUAAGAUUUUUUACACAUACGCAUCAUCAUCAUCAUUAUCAUCAUCAUCAAAAAGAGUGACGACUACGGAAACAUAAGGAAAUGACAACAAGAGAGCUUUACGUAAAGGAUGCAAAAGUAUGGGUACCACAUCCAGAGAAGAUUUGGGAGGGAGCGAUACUUUUGGAUAAUUAUAAUUCGGAAAAGAAGACACUUGAAUUACGCACAGAUGAUUCGAAGCAAACAAAGAUAAUAGAGAUAAAGAAUGACACGGAUCUGCCGCCAUUGAGAAAUCCUGAUAUUCUUUUGGGUGAAAAUAAUCUCACUUCGCUUUCAUUUCUUCAUGAGCCCGCUGUUCUUUACAAUUUACAAAUUCGCUUUCAAAGGCAUUGCAUUUACACGUAUUGUGGAAUUGUUCUCGUUGCAUUUAAUCCGUACAAUGAAUUGCCCAUCUAUGGUAAUGACACAAUUUGGGCGUAUCGAGGUCAAGCCAUGGGCGACCUCGAACCCCAUAUAUUCGCCGUUGCCGAGGAAGCUUACACGAAACUGGAAAGAGAAAGUCACGAUCAAUCAAUUAUCGUUAGCGGUGAAUCGGGAGCUGGUAAAACUGUCUCGGCAAAAUAUGCGAUGCGUUAUUUUGCCACUGUUGGUGGUUCAUCGACGGAAACACAGGUGGAAAAAAAGGUACUUUCCUCAUCGCCAAUAAUGGAAGCAAUUGGCAAUGCUAAAACAACGAGGAACGAUAAUUCAUCGAGAUUUGGCAAAUUCAUUGAAAUUCAAUUUAAUAAAAAUUAUCAUAUUAUUGGCGCCAGUAUGAGAACAUAUUUAUUGGAAAAAUCGAGAGUUGUUUUUCAAGCGGGAGGAGAGAGGAACUAUCACAUAUUUUACCAAAUGUGCUCAGCAAUGAAGAAAUUACCGCAUUUGCAUUUAGAUUUUCAAGACAAAUUUCAUUAUUUAAAUCAGGGAAAUGAUCCGAUUAUCGAUGGUGUCGAUGAUUUGGUUUAUUUCGAAGAAACUGUGAAUGCAUUCACGAUGAUUGGAUUCACUUACAAGCAGCAGGAUGAUAUGUUUCGAAUUUUAGCUGCCAUACUUCAUUUAGGAAAUAUUCGUUUUACAAAUUCCGAUUCUCAGGGAGGUAAUGACUCCGAAGGAAGCAAUAUAUCCGCAAAGGAUAAGAAUCUUCUGAUUAUCUCCGAAUUAUUGGGCAUCGAUGUAAAUGCCAUGAGAAAAUGGUUGUGUCAUAGGAAAAUUGUGUCAAUGAAGGAAGUAUUUUUGAAGCCAAUGACGGUCGAUGAGGCAAAUGGUGCACGUGAUGCAUUAGCGAAACACAUUUAUGCCGAGCUUUUCAAUUGGAUUGUUUCGGGAAUUAAUAAUUCAUUGCAAGCACAGACAAAAAGUCAAUCGUUCAUUGGCGUAUUAGAUAUUUAUGGUUUCGAAACAUUUGAAAUAAAUUCGUUUGAACAAUUUUGCAUUAAUUAUGCGAAUGAAAAACUUCAACAGCAAUUUAAUCAACAUGUCUUUAAAUUAGAACAAGAGGAAUAUCUCAAGGAAGAAAUUGAAUGGACAUUCAUUGAUUUUUAUGACAAUCAACCCUGUAUUGAUCUCAUUGAAACAAAAUUAGGAAUUUUGGAUUUACUCGAUGAAGAGUGUCGUAUGCCGAAGGGAACAGAUAGUUCGUGGGCGGAGAAACUCUACACAAAAUGUGGAAAAUCGAAGCAUUUCGGAAAGCCGAGAUUUGGAACUUCGGCAUUUUUGAUACAUCAUUUUGCAGAUCGGGUACAAUACGAAGCUGUGGGAUUUUUGGAAAAAAAUCGCGACACGGUCAUUGAAGAGCAAAUCGAUAUUUUAAGAUCGAGUCAAAAUAAAUUACUGAAAAAACUUUUCUCUGAAGAAGAUCCAAAAUUGACUGUUCCUAACGCAAGAAUUAAAGUUUCUGCACAGAAAACAAGUAGUAGUAGUGCACCAAAACAACAUAAAAAGACUGUGGGAUCUCAAUUUCGAGAUUCGCUGAAUAUGUUAAUGUCGACAUUAAAUGCGACGACACCUCACUACGUUCGAUGUAUCAAACCCAAUGACACAAAAGAAUCCUUCGAGUACAAUCCAAUUCGUGCGGUGCAACAACUUCGAGCCUGCGGUGUUCUGGAGACAAUAAGAAUAUCAGCGGCUGGUUUUCCCAGUCAACGGACGUACGCCGAUUUUUUCCAUCGCUUUCGAUCUCUCUGUAAAUUCAAGGAAAUCAAACGCGAUGAUCUUCGUGAGACGUGUCGUCGUAUUCUUGCAACCUACAUUAAGGACGAGGACAAAUUUAAAUUCGGCAAGACAAAAGUAUUGUUUCGCGCCGGACAAGUGGCCUAUUUGGAGAAACUUCGCGCGGAUCGUCAACGUGACGCAUGUAUAAUGAUGCAAAAAACCGUUCGCGGUUUUAUUUGCCGCAGUCGUUAUCGUAGAAUUCGCAAAUCAAUUUUGGGUCUACAGAGACAUGCGCGCGGUUAUUUGGCGCGACGAAAAGCCCAAAAAAUACGCGAGCAAAGAGCUGCGGUGAAAAUUCAGGCACGAGUGAGAGGCUGGCUGGUGAGAAAGAGAUUUAUUAAUUUGAGACGAGUUGUUCUUGGUCUUCAGACAUAUGGACGUGGUGCUAUGGCGAGAAGGAGAUUCCGUUUGAUGAAGGACAAUGCGGCGGCGAUUGUUAUUCAGAGAUUUGUCCGCGGUUAUCUCGUGAGAAAACGUUGCAGAAGGAAGCUCUAUAAUAUUAUUUUAGUUCAGUCUUGUGUGAGGAAGUUCCUCGCCAGGCGAGUUUUCCGCAAAUUGAAAGCCGAGGCAAGAAGCGUUGAACAUGUCAAAUCACUGAACAAGGGUCUGGAAAUGAAGAUCAUUUCCCUUCAGCACAAGAUCACCGAAUUGACGAAGGAGAAUCAACAUUUGAAAACAGCGCAGAAUGAAGUUGUGGAUUUGAAAUCGAAACUCGAGGGACUGAAGACUAUAGAGAUUGAGAAUAAAAAACUAAAUGGCGUCGUUGCUGAAAAAGAGAAGGAAGUCAUUAAAAUGAAGGAGGCUGUCGAGAAGGAAAGGGACGAGAAAAUGGACUUGCUGCAAGAGAAGGAGAAGAUUAUGAAUCUGAAGAAUGAAGAGAAUAAAAGACUUGUAGAGGAAAAUGAGAAAUUGAUGAAGGAGAACGCGUCAGCUAAUGAGAAAUUGAAAACAAAUCUUCGCGGGGCAGAGGAAAUUCUUAAAAGUCGAUUGGAGCAGGAGAAGGAUCUUCUCUUGCACGAACAAGAUCAGGAUCGAAAUGCCUAUCAGAAAUUGCUCAAGGAAUAUCACGAUAUGGAGCAGCAGGUUGAAUAUCUUCAACAGAAAUUGGCUGUUCCUGGUCAUUCGCGAUCGUUAAGCAAUGCCUCGAGUGGAAGCGGGCACAUCACGUCCACUGAUCUUCCGCCCGAUGAUCAUAAUAUUGAUUUCGGCUAUGGUUCAGUGAAAUCUACGGGAUCUUCGAACACGCCAUAUUCGAGGGUUGAGAACAUCGAUUGGCAUCAACAACGAACGGAGAGUCCACCGGAUGGUGAGAUUAAUGUUUCGAAAUCGCCGCUAGAGAGAAAUGGUCCACCGCAUGGUCCAGUGGAUGUUGGACUUGUGCUGAAACUUCAGCAAAAACUAAGGGAUGUAGAAAAGGAGAAUGGCAGAUUAAUUAGAAUGGUCGAGGAUUUAGAACGUGAAAGUUCCGAGGAAACCACGAGAGCUCAAGAUACUUUUAAGUUGCAAGAACUCGAAAUGGAGAAUGAGAAGCUAAAGAAAGAUUUGGGAUCGUUGCAAAAAUCGGUCUUGGAUAAAGAUCCUGUUAAUGCACAGAAUAAACUAAUGGAACAAUUCGAAGCUCUUCGAGAAGAAUUGGGAAGGAGAAGGGAAGAAUGUGUUCAACUUCGCACUGUUUUGGCUGAGAAUACACAACGAAUGAAGAGUCUUGGAUCUAAUUAUGGACGAGAUGUUGAUAUUGUUAAUGAAGACGGUGAAUUAAUAUUGGCAUUUGAGGCGCAAAAGAAGAUUAAUAGACAAUUGGAAGAUGAACUUCAGGACAAAGAGAAGGGCUGGCGUGAACAACGAAAAGAAUGGCUGGCGGAAAUUGAUCGACUGCAAGAAGAAAUACAGAGGCAGCAAAAAUUGUUGAACGUCAAUUUGAGUAAAGCACCACAAACGCAAACUGAAGCUUAUUUGCAGCAUGAAGUCACACGAAUAACCGCAGAAAACUUGGAUCUUCAAGAGAAAUAUGACAAAAUGUCCGAGGAAUGUCGAAAUUUGAAGAAGAAAUGCAAGAUUCUCGCUAAACGUCUCAAAGAAGCUGGCUACGAGGGAUCUGACGUUAAGGAAAGUAGGGAUCGUUCUUUCGUUUAUAAAGGACUUGUACCGGACAGCGUGGAAUUAACAAACGAUCCUGCCACGAAUAAUCACUCUUCUGCGGAUAGUGGAAGUAACAUGCCUGCGAUUCGCAAGAAAGAACGAGAUUACGAAGGAAUGCUCGAAUUUAAGAAGGAAGAUAUAGGAGUGAUCAUUCGACAUCUCAUUAUCGACCUGAAACCAAGAAUCUCAGUGACUUUACUUCCCGGUCUUCCGGCGUACAUUCUCUUCAUGUGCAUAAGACACACGGAUUGUGUAAAUGACGACGAUAAAGUGAGAUCAUUAUUAACUGGCUAUUUAAAUGCCGUGAAAAAGGUGAUUAAGAAACGUGAGGAUUUUGAUUCGAGUGUUUUAUGGCUGAGCAAUACACUUCGAUUAUUGCACAAUAUGAAACAAUACUCGGGAGAUAAACCAUUUCAAUUGGAGAAUACACCGCGUCAAAAUGAACAGUGUCUGAGAAAUUUUGAUCUCAGUGAAUAUCGUGUUGUACUGAGUAAUGUUGCACUUUGGAUAUUCAAUAAUAUUGUCAAUAAUCUUAAGGAUCGAAUUCAAGCCCUAACUGUUCCCGCUCUUCUGGAGCAUGAGGCAAUUGCCGGUUUGGAUUCAAAUAAACCCGGUCGAGCAAGAUCAUCGUCAAUGGGCGAGGAGCCCGGACCAACGCAACAAAUGCUUGAGAAAUUACUCGAUGAACUCAGCUCUGUGAAUAAAACACUUCAAUAUCAUGGUGUUGAUAAUGAAAUUAUCGUUCAAUUAUUUAAACAACUUUUCUAUUUUAUGUGCGCAAGUGCUCUGAACAAUUUACUUUUGAGAAAUGAAUUGUGCCAUUGGACCAAGGGAAUGCAAAUCAGAUACAAUAUGAGUCAUUUGGAGCAAUGGGCGAGAGAUCAGCAACUCGUCCCAGCUUCCGAAGCUUUGCAGCCGAUAGUUCAGGCAGCGCAGUUAUUACAGGCGAGAAAACGAGAUGAAGAUGUUGAUUCCGUGUGCGAUAUGUGCAAUAAACUGACCGCUAAUCAAAUUGUCAAAAUAUUAAAUCUCUACACGCCGGCGGAUGAAUUUGAGACGCGAGUCCCGGUUUCUUUCAUCAAGAAGGUCCAGGAGAAACUUACGGAACGCAACGAAAAUACCGAACAAUUGCUGAUGGACCUGAGAUUUUCGUAUCCAGUCAGGUUCCCAUUCAAUCCAUCGAAUAUCAGACUGGAAGACAUCGAUGUUCCUGAAGUUCUUCAUUUACCAAUGCUAAAAAAAAUCUAGAGCAUUCCAAUUUUUUUUUCCCCCGUCUUGAUGACCAUCGUGAUUUUUUUAAUAUUUUGUUUUGAGGAACGCCAACAACGACCCUUGACUCAUCAAGAAUUUAAAGUAAGUUAUUUAAAAUUGUCAAGUAAUUCAAUUAAAUAAGAAAUGGAAGAUCUAAAAAUACCUAUUUACGAAAAUUUAAUUUAACAGGACGGUAUUUUUUUUAUUGAUUAAUUUAAUUAUUUCUAUAGUUAGAUUUUUAAUCAUUAUUUAGUUUUCUUGAUAAAUUUUGUAUAGAUUUGUAUUUAAUUCGUAUUCAGGUAUUUCUUCCAUUUCAAAUCAGAAAAAGAAAAUUGGAAAUAAGGGGUACCAAAUAUAGCAUAGAAGUAAAAAAAACCGUGUGAUCUACGGAACCAGUUUUUUAAAAAAAGAAAAAACAUAUAGCUUUUUUUAUUUUUAACGCGAGAAAUAUAUUUCCUGUUUUUUGAAUAGAACAAACACCAAAAGCGUUUUAGAAAAAAAAACGUUCAUAAGACGAUAGAAAGUUAUCAAAAUUGAAACUUUUUAACGUUCAUGUUUAAGGCUUUAUUUCCAAAUAACAAAAAAUUCCAAACAAAAAUGGUUCCCCCCUAAUAAUUUUUGAUAAAUUUCAAAUUAGUUAGUUUAUUUAUUUAUAAUUCUAGAGAGGAAAAUUGUCGGAAAAAAUGUGUAUAUAAUUUUAUUUUUUCAUAUUUUAAAAUUCGUAGUAAUUUUGAAAUUUUAAUUUCUUUUUUUGUAAAUAAUAUUAAUUUAUUUAUUAUAUCCAAGUAUUUUUUAUUAGUUAAAUUUUUCAUUUUGAAGAAAGAAAUUAAUUCCAAGUUUUACUGGUGAAUUACAAGAAAAUUAGAUUUAAAAUUUACUUUAUUCCAUUUUUAUAGAAAAAAAUAUUGAACACAGAAAUAAUAUUUAAAAGAAAAGAUCUAAUUUCCGUUUGUAAAGAUAAAUUAAUAGAAGAAAUUUAUUUAAAAUAAUUUUUCAUUACGAUAUUUCUGCGUGAAAUUUUAAUUGAAAGGAAAAUUCUAUUGUAAUUAAAUUGUGUAAAAAGAGAGAAAGAGAGUUUUAAGAUACAUACUAUAUAACGUUAUGUUGUUAGAUUGUAUAUUUUGUGAUACGAGAAGAUUGUUAACGAGAAAAAUUGGAAGACCAACUAAUUGGUCUUCAAGAGAGAAAGGUAUAUUUUAAUUAUAUAAAUUAUAUUACUGUUAAAAAAAUAUCAUUUACGAAUAAAAAGCGUACGCUUUA